AUGUACACCAACGGAAUCCAAUCGUUUGAUUGUGCGGGCUCAGCGCCACCCUGUGAGGUUUAUCCAGGCACCGACGUCUACCAGUGGAACGCAGUGGAUGUACAAAAUGCCAACGGACAUCUCGAACGCGGUCUGGUCAUCAACACCGCCCACCACGGCGGGGCGGGGACCUUAUCGUGGAUUUCGGCGUGCCGGGCCAACGUUGGCAGUCCUCGCGCGGACGGCCGCCUAUCGCCCGUGGACGUGGUACCCGGCGGUGUUGCUGGUAAAUAUGUCUUCAUACGGAUCCAGUUGGGAGAUAGCUACGUGGUCAAAUACGCCAGCGCCCUCGCGGUUCGUCCUGCGCUCCGGGAUUGGAGGGUGCGAUUUGUCAGGCAGGAGGAUUAUUUCACGGAGACCUGCGCCCUGCCACGGGAAUAUCGGAGGGGGCGGCCGGUGGAGCCGGCGUUGUGGAGUCUGUGGGAGGAGUGGAUGAUGAAGGUGCUCGUCCAUCCGGCGUAUCCCAUCUGUGUUGUGAACAACCGCCUGCAGUACCUCCACUUCCGUGAUAGGUGGAGGCCAGCGAAGCGGAAUCCACUAUCGGAUGCGGAGCUGGAGCACCUGAAUGAAAUGUCCGAAGCUUCUAUGGCACCGCGCGCGCUGACCGGUUGGGCCUUCAUCGACGGCCAGUGGACACCGCCCAUAAUCCAAUCAACUUUUAAUGUUACAUCAGCACAGCGAUCUCGCCAAACUGCCGCACAAUUACCACUGGAGAUUCUGAGGGAGAUUUUGUUCUGUUGCGGUACGAAUGAGCGGUCGUUCUACCGCCGUGUCAGCCCGCUGUGGGAUGCGGUCAUGCAAAAGGGCCAUCCAAGCAAACGCCUGAUGCUCACCUUCAACAACGCCGGCACGAUCGCUUGUUCAGUAGGCAUGGCCAUUAUCCAUUAUCUUACCGUCACCACGGAGAUGGUUGUCAUUAACAACGCCAGCCAGCGUUGUUCAUUGCAAGAACUUAGCGACUGCCUACGUCUUAUCAGUGCUGUGCACGAGCAGCGCGGCAACCGUCGGAACAAAUUGCAGGUGGUUGUAAGCCGCUGUCGCUGGGACUUGGGUAAUCACCGUCUCCCUGCGGAGGUGCAGCUGCUGGCUACGGCGUGUAUCGGAGCAGCCGCCGUCGUGGAACGCAUUGUCUGGCGCAACUGCCGCUUUCGCGGUAUCGGCGCCGAGCAUACGGAAUUCAUUGUGCUGCGCGACGUCACCGCCCUCUCCGGCAUGCUUCUGGAGAUGCAGACGGAGUUGUAUGCACUGCUGGAACGGAGUUUGCGAUGGGAAGAGCAUUGGCUCCCGCUGGAUGCAUUCGGGUUGAUGCGAUGGAUUGUGAACGAAACGCAAGUCAAUUGCGGCAAUAUUCGACGGAUCUUGCUGACCAACCAGUGCGCAGAUCCACGGCGGACAAACCGCUAUCGUGGAAAGUCCAGCUGGACGGGAGAGGAACUGUGUCGCUUAGAUCUGAUGACCUUGUCCACAUUGACGUUGUGGGUGCUCAUGCUUGGCUUCACCAUACGGUCGCCAGUACAGUGGACUCUCGCUGAUCAUUUUGUAUGAUCGUUGUUGUUUGACACGCGUACGCGAUGGACUGUUGAGCCGGCCGGAUAGGGGAGCGCAUUUUACCACAAGAGGACGCAACCAAAUGUCCAACAGAAGAAUGUGUAUAGUGUGUACUGUGUAGUGUGUAGUGAAGUGAACAAAAUACUUUUGUCUUUUAAUUAAUAUAUCUGCAAAUUUUAUAACAUUC